GUAUCUCACUUGUACUAGUUGUAGUCUUGUAGAUAAAGGUGCUCGUAGAAAUUAAUGAACACCAAAUCCCUAUCGUCAACCUCUGAAAUCAAAUGCCAAUUGACAAAACUUAGUAAAAGAAAACCAAAAUUCAAUGCUUUCAUCCACCGUAUUCAUCCAACCCACCUCUUUCUUCGUGGCAAAACCCCAUUUUUUCCCGCCAAAACCCACCCAAUUUUCUCUGCCGACCAAAAAUUUCAAUCCAAGUAUGUCAACUUUUGGUGGGUUUUCAGUUAAUGCUCAAUUAAGUAGUGAUAAUGAACCGCGAACACUAAUUGAGUACGUGGGUAAGGGAGGAAUUGAUGUGGGUGAUGAUUUAGUGAUCUUAAUUGAUCAUUUACAGUAUGCUUGCAAGAAAAUUGCUGCUCUUAUUGCUUCUCCCUUCAAUUCCAGUAUUGGGAAAUGUGUGGAAGGUUCUGGAAACAGUUCUGGUACUGAUAGAGAUGCCCCUAAACCUCUUGAUAUUGUCUCGAAUGAUAUUAUUUUGUCUUCUCUUGAAAGAUCUGGAAAAGUAGCAGUUGUGGCUUCAGAAGAAAAUGAUGCCCCAAUUUGUUUGAGUGACGAUGGUCCGUUUGUGGUGGUUAUGGAUCCUCUUGAUGGUUCGCGAAAUAUUGAUGCAUCAAUCCCCACUGGAACAAUAUUUGGCAUUUAUAAUCGUCUAAAGGAGCUAGAUCACCUUCCCUGUGAUGAAAAGGCGUCAUUAAAUUCACUUCAAAGUGGUAGCAAUCUGGUUGCUGCUGGAUACGUCCUCUACUCAUCAGCCACCAUUUUCUGUGCCACAUUCGGCUCUGGAGUACAUGCAUUCACAUUGGAUCGUUCAACUGGAGAUUUUAUUCUCACAGAUCCUAGUAUCAAAAUUCCACCUCGAGGUCAAAUUUAUUCUGUAAAUGAUGCUCGUUACUUUGAUUGGCCGGAAGGUUUGAAACAGUACAUUGAUACUAUCAGACAAGGAAAAGGGAAAUACCCAAAGAAAUAUUCAGCACGCUAUAUAUGCUCACUGGUAGCUGAUUUUCAUAGGACUUUACUGUACGGUGGAGUAGCAAUGAAUCCAAGAGACCAUCUUCGGCUUGUUUAUGAAGCAAACCCUCUCAGCUUUGUGGCAGAACAAGCUGGGGGAAAAGGUUGUGAUGGUAAAAGAAGGAUUCUUUCUAUCCAACCUGUUAAGCUACACCAGAGAUUACCUCUAUUUUUAGGUAGUCCUGAAGACAUUGAAGAAUUACAGAGUUACCAAGAUGUUCAGCAAAAAGUUAAUCCCGGUUAUCUAGUAUGAUGGGCAGUACAUAUUUUAUGAUAAGUCAUUCAUACAUUUGGUCUUAGGAAUCUGGGCCUUGCUGUAUGUUGGUUUCUGCUGAAAUUGUACUAGAAGAUCAUUGUUAUCAACUUCUGAUUCAGCAGAUAUGAGGUACGACCCCAGGAAAUCUGGUGUAAACACUGAAAAAUGGUGCAACUUUUUGUCACCCAAAAGCUGAAAAAUGAAAUAUUGUGAAA